AUGAAAGUUGAGGAAGACGAAGAAAAACCUUUUGAGACUCAAAGUACAAGAGAGAAUUUGAAGGAUAAGCCCAAAGCUUCUCUUAAAGAUCUCUACAAAUAUGCCACCAAAUAUGAUUAUUUUUUAAUUUUCGUCGGGGUAUGUGCAUCGAUGGGCAUGGGAGCUCUGCAGCCUCUCUUUUUUUAUUUUAUGGGAGACUUUUUUGGCUCUAUGGGCCCAGGAACCACAGCAAAUGAGUUUUAUGAUAAGGCUAAAGUAGUAGCAUAUGAACUUACUGCGAGUGGCUUUGUCUUCAUGUGCUGUGGAUACUUAGCUGUAAGUUCUUUUGUCAAUGUCGGUGCAAGGCAAUCUUAUCAAUAUAGAAUCCAUUACUUUAAGGCUAUUAUGGGCUGUGACCCUGGCUGGUUUGAUUUAAGGCAAGUCGCAGAACUUCCUCAAUCCGUAACAACCGAAACCUUGAGCAUUGAGAGGGCAACUGGCGACAAAGUUGUAGUUUUAAUCUUCACAAUAAGCAUGAUUUUCGCUGCUUUCAUCAUUGGCCUUGUGAGAGGAUGCCAAAUUCAGUUGUUUUGCUUGUGUUUUGGGCCGGCAAUUGUGUCAGGAUUUUUCUUAUCGAACUCUGGGCUGGAGCAAAGUGCUAAGCAAGCAGACUCAUCUUAUAAAAUAGCAGGUGGGAUCGCUGAAGAAGCUUUACAAGAAAUUAAAACAGUCUCUUCUCUUAACGGUCAAAAGCAUGAAGCCAAAAAAUAUUUUGACGCAGUUGCUGAUUCUCAAAAGUCUAUGUUCCUUAGUGGUCUCAAGAUAGGAGGAGGCACCGCAUUAGGAAUGUGCUCUUACAUGCUCAUGAAUGGCUGCAAUUACAUGCUCGGCGCUUAUAUGAUCCAUAGUAAUCAAACAAGCUGAAUCGAAGGUGAAAUUUAUGAUGUCGGAAUGGUCCUUACUGUUAUCAUGGUCUCCUUGAUGGCUUUCAACAAUAUCUCAUUGUGCAUUCCAAGCAUUAAGCUAAUCAACCAAGGCAGAAUUGCGGCUCUCAGUAUCAAAAAUGUAUUAGAAAAUAAAAGUAAACUCCAGCAAGGGACUCUUAAACAAGAAAUAGUGGGAGCAAUUUCUUUUACUGAUGUCCACUUCGCUUAUCCUUCUGCUCCUAACUCAGAAAUUCUGAAAGGCCUAAGUUUUGAACUAGAAUCAGGACAGCGCCUGGGAGUUGUUGGGAGCACUGGCUCAGGCAAGAGUACAAUUGUUCAGCUACUACUGAGGUAUUAUGAGCCAACAUCAGGGACUAUCACAAUUGAUGGCAACAAUAUCAUGGACUACCCCACAGAUUUCUUAAGAGCCAAUAUCGGCUUGGUUUCGCAAGAGCCAUUACUAUUCAAUACCAGCAUAUAUGAGAAUAUUCGCUAUGGAAAACAAAAUGCGACGAAAGAAGAAAUUGAGUUCGCAGCACAAGAAGCUGGAGCUCAUAGUUUUAUUGAUGCUCUGCCAAACAAGUACCAAACCACAACAGGCUCAAAAGGCUCUCAGCUUUCUGGAGGUCAAAAACAAAGAAUUGCAAUUGCAAGGGCUUUUAUCAGAAACCCAAAAAUCCUCCUGCUUGAUGAAGCUACAAGUGCCCUUGAUAGGCAGACAGAGCAUCAAGUUGUGGAAGCAAUUGAUAAAGCAAUGCCCAACAGCACCAGAAUUACGAUUGCUCAGAACCUGCUUACUAUUAAAGACUCAACUUUUAUCAUUAUGAUUGACCAAGGUAAUGUCUUUGAGUUUGGUAACCAUAGGCAGCUGAUGAAGCAGAAAGGCAAGUAUUAUCAUUUAAUCAAAAUGCAGAAAAUCCAGCAGCAGAGUAUGGACGAUGAGCAAGUAAAGGCUAAAAUCACUGAUAUGGACGAAACUAAAACCAAAGAAGCUGAGCAGGUUCAAAAAGAAGACGCCAAAAACGUCAGAAAGAAAAUGAUGAUGAUAACUAAAAAAGAAAGAGUCUGGCUACUAUUUGGAGUUAUUGGCUCUUGCUUAGUUGGGUCUUCUUAUCCACUUGUAGGGUUCUUUGCAGGUAAUGAAAUCUUUGUUCUUUCUGAUGAGGGUGACGACAUGGUAAGCGAAAGUGCAAGAUAUGCUGGCUGGCUUUUCUUUUUGGCCUUCUGGGUUUGUGUCGGCUUGAUCCUUGAAAGUGUCUGCUACCCAAAAAUGAGCGCUAAUAUUACAGCUACUAUGAGGAAAGAAAGCUUCAGAGCUAUCCUCAGCUAUGAAGCAGCCUUCUUUGACUUGCCAGAAAAUAAUUGCAGUGCCCUCUCUGCGAGACUUUGCAAUGACUGUGAAAAAGUCAACGGCCUUGGUGGAAAUAUGUUUGGGAUCAUUGUUGGUGUCCUAAGCGGCUUAGCAGUAGCUCACGGGGUUUCUGCUGGGUACUCUUGGAGGAUGUCAUUAGUUUUUCUCUCAAUUGUUCCUUGUAUUGUUUUCGCAAUCGGAUCCACUUUUAUGGCUCAAUCUGUAGGUGUCGUCAAAUUCAAUUAUGAGUCUUGCACUGCCCUUGCUGCUGAUGCCAUCAUGAACUACAGGACUGCAAAGGCAUUCAAUUUGGAAACUGUCAUGCUUGAAAGGUAUCUGGAACCUAUCACGAUGGAGUUCAAAAAUAUCCAGAAAAAGGCACAGGCCUCUGGAAUCACAUAUGGCCUCGGACAUGGGCUCUUUUUUGGUGUUUAUGCGCUGAUUUUUUGGUUCGGCUCUAAACUUGUGGUGGACGGGUACAAUGAUUUCAAAGAAAUGGUCAUUGCGAUUAUUAUUUGCAUGUAUGGCUCUGGCUCAAUCUUUAUGGCUGGAAUUUUCGCUCCUGAUGUGAAAAAUGGAAUCGAGGCUGGAAAGCGACUUUUCAAGAUCUUGGAUUAUGUGCCUUCAAUACAAGUUAACACCAAAGAAGGAGAGAAAAAAGAAAUUGAAGGCAAAAUUGAGCUUAAGGAUGUCGUUUUCUGCUACCCAAAUAGAAACUACAUGGCUCUCAAGUCAGUCAAUUUUACUGUGGAGCCUGGCAAACGCUUUGCUAUUAUUGGCAGGACAGGCUCAGGCAAAUCAACAGUUAUACAGCUAGUCAUGCGUUUGUAUGAUCCUUUAAGUGGCUCAGUUUUAAUUGAUGACAUAAAUCUCAAAAGCUAUAAUUUGAAGCAUUUAAGAAAACAAAUUGGUCUUGUGGGGCAAGAGCCUGUGCUUUUCACAGGAACGAUCGCAGAAAAUAUUUCAUACGGUAUAAAGGCAAGCUUAGAAGAAAUCGAAGAGGCAGCAAGGAAAGCCCAAGCGAUUGAAUUUAUCAUGGACCCCAAGUAUGCAGAUGGGUUCGAAAGACAGGUCGGGAUCAAAGGAAGUAUGCUAAGUGGAGGGCAGAAACAGAGAAUAGCGAUCGCCAGAGCUCUCAUAAGGAAUCCCAAGAUUCUGAUUUUCGAUGAAGCCACGAGUGCGCUUGACUCUAAAACUGAGCAAUUGCUUCUCUCAGCUAUUAAAGACGUGAUGGCUGGAAGAACGACCAUUAUGAUUGCUCAUCGCCUCAAAACAAUUUCGGAAGCUGAUUCUGUGAUGGUUUUGGAGAGUGGAAAGAUCCUCGAAAUAGGUACCAGAGAAGAGCUCAUGAACCAAGGAGGGUAUUUCUAUAAUAUGAUAAGCAAUCUUUAA